CCAAGCGUAAAAGUCAAGUUUAUUUACUUUUGCAAACUAAUGCUAACUUACUAGCUCGUUAGCUAACAGGUUAUAGUAACUUUAAUCUGACUUUUAACUUUAGGUAGUUUAAUCGUAACGAUAUUAAGCCAUUCUGUUUUCCGCUCGUUGAGUAGGCCUAUCCAGAAUUCCACUAUGUUGGUCCAAACCAAUCAUCGCUAACUUCGAAUUACGUUUACGUUAAUAACGUUAACCUAUGAGUUUAGCUAAAGUUACCCAACACAACGUUAUUGAAAAUAAGCUUUUCACCACCACAGCCAGUGCUGUGUAGUGUGUACUUAUCACAUGGUGCUGAUGACAUUUAACCAAAAACAUCUAGUCUGAGUGGGUCACGAGAAACAUUCAAUUUUGUGGUCAACGUGUGUGUUUUCCAAGAACUUCACCAAAUUACGGGCACCGCUGGAAACUCAGAUGUGGAAUCGGAUCUGGAAACGAAUACUUAUCUCCGUAGUUGUUUCGAAACUUUUGCCUUAACUUCGACAUCAAUAGCUAUUUUUUUAUGGGACACUCGGAAUGUGAAGGACUAAUUUUUAAUCACAUAGCACAUUUUGGUCCUGAAUGUUUUUACAAUGGCAGACCGCAGGACAUUUAAUGUGGUCGUUCUUGGAAUAGGAUUUCUUUUUAUUUUUACCGCUUUUACAACACUUGGGAACAUCGAACAAACUGUUCUGAAGAGCAUUCAAAAUGACACAUUUGCUGGAAGUGGCUACCACAGUUUGGGUAUAAUUUAUGGAGUUUUUUCAUUCUCCAAUUUGCUGGCACCUACAGUUGUGGCCAUCACCGGACCUCAGUUGACCAUGUUUUUAAGUGGUAUACUCUACAGCGGUUACAUUGCAGUGUUCAUCACUCCAUACACAUGGUCCUUGUAUGUGACAUCAGUGCUGAUCGGCUUGGGAGCUGCUUUGCUGUGGACUGCUCAAGGACACUUCUUGGUUGACAACUCAGAUGCCUCAACCAUAAAUAGGAACACAGGAGUGUUCUGGGCGCUGUUGCAGUGCAGUAUGAUAUUUGGAAAUUUGUAUGUUUAUUUAGACUGGAAAGGAAAAGAUGAAAUCACAGAUGAGAAUAGACGGACCAUGUUCAUAUCGCUGCUGGUGGUCUCUAUCAUUGGCACACUGUGCUUCCUGACCUUGAGGUCUCCCCAGCAUCUUGAGGAGGUCAUCUCUGAGGAGGAGAGUCAGAGCUUGCUGUCCAAACACAUGAUAUAUAAGCAAAGAGCCAACUCUGCUGUGAAGGAGGCCAAGUCAGAAUUCAGGACAAUUCUGUCUCUCCUUGGCAGUAAAACCAUACUGCUCCUGAGUUGUUGCAUGGCCUACAGCGGUCUGGAGCUUUCCUUUUACAGUGGUGUUUAUGGCACAUGCAUCGGGUCAACCACACACUUUGAAGACCAAGCAAAAGGCCUGAUUGGACUCUCUGGCAUAGUGGUUGGAGUUGGAGAGAUUGUGGGCGGAGGCCUGUUCGGCUUGGUCUGCAAGAACAAUCGCUUCAGACGCACCUCGGUGGUCUUCCUCGGGAUGGUCGUGCACUUCGUUGCGUUUUACCUGAUCUUCCUCAACAUCCCCGACGAUGCUCCGGUGGUCUUCUCAACCACCUCACAGCACCGACCGUAUUUAUCCCCCAGUGUGUCCAUUGCGCUGCUGUGUAGCUUCUUGCUGGGCUUGGGAGACAGCUGUUUCAACACUCAGCUGUACAGCAUCCUUGGACGUGUGUAUGCAGAGCAAAGCGCCCCUGCUUUUGCCAUCUUCAAGUUUAUUCAGUCUGUGUUUGCUGCCGUGGCCUUCUUCUACAGUGGCUAUCUCCUGCUGAGCUGGCAGCUGCUGAUCAUGGUGUUGCUGGGCUUCACUGGGACACUCUGCUUCUUCAUGGUGGAGAGGAUGCAGAACACUGGGGACCUGCAGGAAUAUUAGCACCAAUCAACCCCAGUGCCCAUCCAACCUACUGCCAAAGUAUACAGAACAUGAAGUCAUAUGAGUCUGUGUCACACUAAAAGAACACUUGCACUAAUUCAAUAAAGUAGCCUUACUGUACAUAGCAGUAUCAUAUAGCAGCCUAGCAUUUGGUAUUUGUGAACCGUUAAUUGUGUCUCUGUCUGUGUCUUUUUAUUUUUUUAAUUUUUUUAUUAGCCUGUUGUGCUUUCAUACUUUCAUACUCUCAGGGGUUUUAUUCAUACCUUACUAAUGGCUGUACGCUUGUGCACAAUUUAACUAUCGAUAUUUAUCUUAUUGUGUCACAGUAUCAUUUCAUUUGACUGUGAUUGUUUUGUGUUUUUAUGCCAGAAACAUGAUUGUAUGCUGCACACAGACAGAUGCACUACAGAACGUAUUAGGAUUGGAAGCCAUAGCUUUUGUCAGGUGAUAAAAACAAAGAAACUAUGCACCAAGGGCAUAGUCAUAUCAUGAGUGUCAUUUUUAUUCUAUUUGCUUUUAUUUUAUUGUAUUAAUUAGUGUACCUUUUAAGAGAAGUGUAGUUUCUCAAGAAAUGUCAAACCAUUUUUCCAUACAUUUCUUAAAAACUAUACUUGACUAUUCUUAACUUUUAUUCUGAAUCAGAGCUGCCCAUUGUUAGUGUUUUACAUUUCUAAAGUGUUCUUUAAUUAUGUAAUUUUUUCAUUAAUUUUGUAUGUUUUGUAUUAUGCAUAAAUAAAAGCAUUCAUUUUUAAA